AUGCUUGCUCGUGGUCUUGUGAGAGGUUGUGAAACAGUUCAGUGGUCCAUAACUCGAUCGGUUUCUUCAAAAUAUCCUAAGCCCAAACCACGGCAUUACAGGCGGCGUCUCUUCGAAGCUGCUGUUGCACCUGUACUUCCUGAGAAGCUGCCUGUUUGUACUCCGACUUCCUUUAGUAGGCACAAUGAAUUUGAGUAUGACGAAGUGGAACUGGCUUUAAGUCGGUUAGUGAAGAAAUGGUUGAUUUCGGAAGAAUUCAGAGUUUUAGCAGUCUGUCAGUUUCUGCCUGUACCGGGACGAACAUUAUGGCUAACUAAGAAUCAGUUACGAAUAAAGGGAUUGGAGUUUCGUUCGUAUGGAAACCGUAUCAUGAAAAAAGUAUUCGAAGGCACGCCGCUCUCAACACUGAACCCUCUGCUGGUUGGUACAAAUGCCAUACUGUGUGGAAAAGAUUUGUCGGCGCUCAAGACUAUAAACGAUGAGGCGGAAAAGAUCAGCUGGAUGAUUCCUUUAGCAUGCGUGGCAGAUUCACGUUUGAUGUCAAUGGAAGAGGUGAAAGAAAUCUCUCGAGUUGGUUCACUGAACGAUCAUCGAGUAGAAACGAUCCAAAUUCUAACUUCACAAAUUGGACAGCUUUCACAAACCCUCGAUUCACAGUCUCUUCAGCUCACUUCUGCUCUCGAUCAAAAAGUAGGACACAUUGCCACUCAGAGAUCUUUUGCAAGCAAAAUGCUUUGCGAGCAAGCCAGUUAA